CGGCCUCGUCUCCGGUGCGAGCCCGGCUGUGGGUGAGGCGGCAGAACGGCUUGGAGCGUUGCUUUGGGGAAGAAAAACGGGAGGCGAGGCUUGGCGUGGCGCAAACAGCGAAAAAUAUUAAUAAAAGACAUUUUUAAAUAGAGAUUAUUUGAGGUGGGGGAGGCGGUCUGGGCAGACCGUUGUCGGCGAGGAGCCCUCCAACUGAAAUACGGGCUGUCUGCAUCAGCGGAGCAUCCUGUGUUUGCGGGGCCACAUAGGAACUUGCAGGAAACCAGGCAUGCAAGGCAGACGGACCUGUACAUCCCUCUCUUCCUUCUCUCCUCAGCGAGCAGGAAGAGAUAAUACUGUUAAAUUGACCUCUACAUGCAUUGGAGACGUUUGGGUGUGAUGCUGGGGACAUCUCUCAGUUGCUUGGUAAAACUAGCUCUCUGGUUUGCUUUACCAAUGUCACAGAAUCACAGAAUGGUUUGGGUUGGAAGGGACCUUAAAAUCAUCCAGUUCCAGUGCUCUGCCGUGAGCAGGGACACCUUCCACUAGCCCAGGCUGCUCAAAGCCCCGUCCAACCUGUCCAUUGCUGGUAGCAGUGCUUUCUUUAAACUUCAGAACAAUGGUAAAGCCAAUUAAUUGCAUUUUUAAACCCUGUCAACAUACACGUUUACAUGCCAAAAUACUUAGGAUAAGGACAAUUGUAGUAAGUAAACUUAGGAGGUAAAAAACAUUUGCAGAGUUACAUUUUGUUUCUUUGAGGACUUCAAAAUAGCCUGCAAUUCUUGUUUAAUGAAUUAUAAUUCUACUCAUGACUACUAAGUCUCAAAGUAUGUUUAAGGAAUUGAGGAUUUUUUUUUUUUUUUUUAAUUUCCAAUUUUAUUUCUCAGUUUUUCUCAAGGUUGACAGAGAGGUUUGUGAAUGGGGUGGAUAUAUUAAUGGAUACAUUCUGGAGAAUAUGGACUGAUUUGUUAGAUGUUCUUGGAAUCGAUGCCUCCAACCUGACUCACUAUUUCAGCCCAGCGGCAAUUGCCAACAACCCGACCCGUGCUCUUCUGCUGAUUGGUGCCAUUUUACUUGCCUAUUGGUUUUUAUCUCUCUUCCUCGGAUUCUUCUUCUAUCUCCUGCACAUGCUGUUUGGUCGCUUCUUCUGGAUUGCGAGAGUUGCCCUUUUCACUCUCUCGUGUGUCUACAUCCUCCAGAAGUAUGAAGGUGACCCGGAACACGCAGUCCUGCCUCUCUGCUUUGUUGUAGCAGUCUACUUCAUGACGGGGCCAGUUGGAUUUUACUGGAGAAGAAACAGCAACAGCAGCCUUGAGGAGAAGAUGGACCACCUCGAUAGUCAGAUCAGACUUCUGAACAUACGUCUUUCUCGGGUGAUCGAAAACCUGGACAGAGGCAGCGACCAAUGAACCAACCCCUAUAGACCACUGUACACCAGCUCUAGAAAAUUCCUAAGCACUGUCUCGUUCAAAGUUACAAAGCAACAAAACAUCACAUGGUAAAAAGUGUGCAAAGUUAUAACUUUUCAUCAUGUGUAAGACUAAUUUAUCUAGAUUAUACACUCAGCCAUUAUACUUGUAGGAAAAAAGAAAAACCACAUUUAAAAAAUUCAGCUGUAUAUUCAAGAGAGUUUUAUCCAGUACUAGAUUUUCUCAGUAGAUAAACGCUUACUUUUACAAGCAUUUAAAAACAUCUUUUGUAAAGUUUUUAUAAAAGCAAAUUGAGUAGUCUUUCAAAUAUUGAAAUUGAGUUAAACAUAUGCAAAUUUGACACUUAAAAAGUUAAAAAGAAAAAAAAAAAUAUCUCAAGCUACCAAACACUUCCAUUGAGAAGUAACUGCUGUGGGUCCGCAUUUUUUUUUUUUUUUCAAAGUUGUGAAUGUUCUUGUUUUCUUGUUGGCUUAUUUCAUUGCCUUGAAGUUGCCUUUCACAGAGUAUGAGAUGAGGAAUUUUCUGGUAUCCAGGCCAAAAAAUUCACACCAUAGCUUUUAAUAGGAGGUGGGGAAUAGGGGAGAAGGAAUAUUUCAUAAAUUUGAAGUCCUUAAAUGCCGGUCCAAGAUGAAGAAUUGAGAAGUGCACGUGUGGCAUUAUUUCAUUGCAUUUCAUCUCAAGAACUUUAAUUUGAUGUCUGAAAGGAAAUCAGUUUUAAUAAAUUGACACAAAAGGAAGAGAUGUAGCAUGGCAAAUUAAUUCGUAUUUGAUCUUCAUAGUGAAGCAUUUUCCAAGCGUAAGUGCAUAGAAUGAAACAUGAUUUUUUAAUCUCAGGACCCACGUACCUUCUCAAAAAAGGCAGCAGUUAAAACACUUGCAAAUGUAUUGUUGCUUAAAGCUUUCUCAGGACCAAUAAGCGGCAAUAAAUUAUCUUCAGGAAGAUCUGGAUUUUUUUCUAAAAUUGUAAUAGUUUUAUAGGAGCUUUUUGCUUGAAGUCUGUGUCCUCACUAUAUUGGGUUUUGGGGAAAGCGAGUCACCUUAUGAGAAGGGUGUAUUAAACAGUACCAUUUCAAAGUGAUGCAGGAGAUUUGAAGCCGUUUUUACGUUGAAGGAUUCUAUGUGUUUGUAACCUAAGAAUUAACUAGCUUGGCAGACUACCACCGCCCUUGUAAGGCUUGCUGAAAUGCAUUGAAACAAAGGUAACCUCAGGGAAGAAAAUCUGGUAAGUGGUUUAAUUUAGUAACCUAGAGAGUUUGUAAAGGGGGAGGGAGGGGAAGCAUCUAAACCGUAGUGAUGAGCACAGUAUCGGUAGCACGGGAGGUAAACUGGACCACAGCUGAAGAACUACGUAUUCCGUAAUGUCUGAACGAACAAAGAGAAAACGCAACAAAAAUUGGUCUGUGCCGGGGCCUGGCUGAGAAGGAAGGGGAACAAACAGGAGUAGGUGAUCCGGGCUCCGGCAGGACUGGCCAGGGCGGCUGAGCACAGCCGGGCGCUUGGUCUUCGCUGCCUUGUUCCCCAGGGCAGAGCUUUCGUUGGAUGUGAUGCUUAACUGAAUGUAACCGUGGGGUGAAUUUAUUUUUCUCUUUAUGCUGAAGUUUAAUACUCUUCUUAAAAUGUGUGUUACUUGCCUAAACUCUUCUGGGCUGUAUGUGACAUUUACACGAGGGAUUAGUUUAAAAUCCAUGUUAAUGGCCUUUACUCCAAACUGUGAUCACUUAAGUUCAACACGGUUGAAGUUCAUAUGCAGUUGACGCUGUUGUAAUCCAUUUUGAUUUUUUUUAUGUCAUCUGUAAAUCCCCCUGCACCCCAUUUUUCCAGAAAUACACAUUUAGAGUUGCAAAGUAACUGCUUUUGGUAACUUAAUAUCUUUCCCAUGAACAGAUAAGUACUAUGGCUACAAAUAGUCCGCUUUGUAAAGGUGAAACUGUAAAUUCCAGUAUAUUCCAUUUUACAGAUCAUUUUCCAUAGUAUUACAGUCUUCCCUGUAAACUCUGUUUUGCCUGCUGUUGUGCACAGAGGACUGGGCUGAAACACCAACCUGGAAAUGAGGAAUUGAUUAGCAAAGCUUUGUCGGGUCUUUAUGCGUUUUGCUAGAUUUGAGGCCUGAGGACCAAAGUCUGCAAACCUCGCUCGUGUAAGCAGCUCCAUUGACUUCCAUAGGACUAUGUGCAUGAGUCAGUUUUGCAUAGAUUGUAUUUUCUGUAAUCCAUAUUUAAUGUUGAAGUUAAAAAUACUGAAUCCUUUAUAUAUUAAGAGUUGUCUAUGAUAAAGAUUUCUUUUAAAAUACUAUAUAAAAGUCGAUUUGGAUUAUAGUUUCUCCCUGUCUUGCUCUAAUCAUGUAUCUUAGUUUUGUAAAACCAGCCCUCCUAUAUGAAUACUCUUUAAUUUUGAUCACCCUGCUGCUUGAAAAAAAGUAUUUUUAUAUUUACUUGCAUCCCAUGUAUAGCAAAAUGUUAUGUGAAAAGCGGUAUAUAUAAAAUUGGAUAUUUUUAAUCAGUAUUUUUCCCAGCACUCAGUUUUCAUGUUAGUCAGAUUCAGAAGUAAUGAUUUUUUUAAAGCACAAUCUAAUCUUCAAUAUAUAUACUUUAAAAAUGCUCUGUAUUUUUAAACAUGCACUGUAGUGAAAGCGCUUUUGGGACAUGAAUGUGGUAUUGUAUUUAAUCUCUUUUGACUUUUGUAAAUACCUUUUACAGAUAUUUUCCAUACCAAGUCACCUAGUUUAUCCAUGGAGGUUUUUGCUCUGAUUUUUAGAACUCGUUCCAGGGACGGUGGUUGCGCUGCUGUUGUAUUGCCCGUGGCGGGAGCAUCUCACACCAGUUCCCGGGGAUGGGCAGGUAUCGCCGUGUCACUCGUGGGGCAGCCGAGACGCAGAAUUUGACAGACUUGCCCGAAUCGUUGUCAGAAAUGGGAAUAAACCCCAGAUCUGGCCUUUUGCUCUAAGCGCUCAGUCGAAGGCGGGCAGCAGCGUCUAUGCACUCCUCCGGCAGCCGCUCCCUCGGCGUCGGGCCUGGCCCCCGCUCCGGUGGCACAGGGUUCUGGGGUGCAGCAGGGUGGGGGAGGCACUCCCCAUCCUCCCCUCCUCCUCCUGCUCCUCCAGAACAGGAACAAUUCCUCUGCCUUGACCUGCCCGUUUGCUGCCGCUACUUGAAAAAACAUCACCCUGACGUAAGCGUUUAAGGUGGGCUCCAGACUGUCCAGCAUCAGAAAUUCUGGUGGGGUCUUAAGCAUUUUAAACUUUGUACUUUAAGACCUAAUAUUUGAAACUACUGUAGUAUUUUCGAUACAUUCACAUUUUUGCAACGCUAACAUCGGUAGCAGUUUCUUUGGGAGUACACACGCCUCGCCUAUAGAUAACUGAUCUGUUGUAUUCGGAAUGUAACGCUUUAUAAAGUGGUAUUGGGUGUCAGAGUGCAGUGUAUCCAAUCUGGUGUAAUUCAGUGCUGUACUUAAUAGUGCGUCCUUCAAAUUGUGAUUUGCUUUUAAAGACUUGUUGCAUCGUUCGUGUGGAAAAUAGACCAGUAUCAACCUUAGCUCUUCGAUGGCGUAGAAGUUUUUUAAGUGUGAUUUGCCUCAUGUACUGAUCUGUAUUUUGGCAGCUAAUGAUGUAAAUGACCAUAAGUUCUCUUUGUCUGGGAAAAAUAAAAGGUUUUAUUCUAUCCGCAUGUAUUUUAAACUUUUGGAUAAUUCCAUCGAACUGUGAUGACGGCACAUUUAAAAGUUGACCUUUUCCUUUUGAUCAGAAGUGGUAUUUGCUAUGGUAGCACUCGUUAGCGGCACUGAUGUUGGUGAUUUCACAUCCUGUUUUGUACAUCAGAUUUCAAGAUUAUAGUGUUUAAGUUUGUACAAUUGUGUUUAUGUAAAAAAAUUUGAUCCGAAGAGAUGAUGUAUGUAUACUUUUGGCAUAUGAUCUAUAGGGAAAUAUUAGAUUCCACUGAUAAUGUUGUUAAGUAGUUACAGAUAGAUCCGACUUAUUUUUUACAGAGCUAUACAUGCCUUUAUUUAUUACUUAUCUGACCACCAAAUCAAUGUACUAUGUAGUUCAAUAUUUGUAGACCAAUUUCACAAAUCGACUAUGGUAUUGUGACAAAGCUUCAAAUAAAUGUUUACUGAACCUUU